GUUUCAACAACUGGGAGAAGAAGUUCAGGUUGCCUGCCGGUCAGAUCCCGAAAAUGCAAAGAUCCACCGUCAGUUUCCUACACCAGCCGGUGAUAACAUCUCAGCCGUCCAUCCGCCACGCUUAUUCCGCCCAGUGACAUGACAUUUAACUGCUUUUAAAUUCCCUCUUUCAAGUCCGAACACUCUCAACUCAACAUCUUUUUCCCCCUUUCGUAUCAAUUCAGCUCAAAAAAAAAAAAACACCUUCACGUCAGCCCUAAUUUCACAAUUCAUUUAUGGGAGAGGAAGGUGCAACUGCUGAAGUUGCAGAGACGGUGGAAAACGGGACUGUCUCUACAGAUAAAGCAGCCAAUGAUGUGAGUGAGAAAAAGGAGGCGGUUGAAGAGAUGGAGAAAGAUGUAAAAGAAAAGAAAGAAGGAGAAGGAGAGGAAGAAAAAGGGAAUGAAGAACCCGAGAGUGGGCCAAUGGAAGUUGAUGACAAGAAAGCUCCAGACGAGGAGACGGAGAAUAAGGAUACAGAAGCUGCUGAUUCAAAAGAGGAAGAAGAGAAUAACAAAGAAGAGAAUCAAGAAGAAGAGGAUCAGGAAGAGACCCCAGAGGAGAAGAGAACGAAAAAAGGCGCAAAAAAGAAGGGCGGUGAUGAAAAAAGUAACAGCAAGACAAAAGCAUCAGUGGAGAAAAAAGAAAAAGAACCAACAACUCCUGCUGUUCCUACAAUUGAACGGCCUGUACGGCAACGGAAGUCUGUAGAACGACUGGUUGCUGUCAUUGAGAGAGACAGUACCAAGGAAUUCCAUAUAUUAAAGGGCUGUGGUACAGCACUGAAAGAUAUUCCCAAUGUUGCAUACAAGUUAUCAAAGAGGAAGGCGAACGAUGACACUCUCAAACUGCUCCAUACUAUCUUAUUUGGGAGGAGAGGAAAGGCUUUGCAGGUCAAGAGUAAUAUCUUGCAGUUUUCUGGCUUUGUCUGGCCUGAUAAUGAGGAAAAGCAUAAAUUAAGAGUUAAAGAAAAGCUUGACAAGCUUAAUAAAGAGAAGCUCUCGGAGUUCUGUGAUAUAUUUGACAUGACGACAGUCAGCAGAACUAAUAAGGAAGAUAUUGUGGUGAAGCUGAUAGAUUUUAUGUUGACUCCUCAUGCCACAACUAGUGAGCUGCUUGCAGAGAAAGAUCAGUCGACCACAGGUAAAAAGCGUAAGAGGCCAAGCAAGAAAAGCACAUCUGCCUCUGAGGCUACACCUUCUAAAAGCUCAUCUAAGAAGCAGAAAACUAAAAGUGUUUCCGAAGAGGCUAAGAAGAGGGUGGCUGAAACUGAUGAUUCUGAAGAAGAGGGUGGCGAAGAGGAAAAAGACAAUGAAGAACAUGAAGAUGUGAACGGUGCUUCUGAGAAAUCCGAGGAUGGGAAAUCAGAGGAUGUUUCAAGUGAAGAAGAACAUGUGUCUGAACCAGAAUCUGAAGAAGAAAGUAGUAAGAAACGCAAAAGAAGUUCAGCCAAAUCUAAAUCGUCUAAAAAUGAAUCAGGUGUGAAACCUAAAGAGAAGAAGAAAGUAGUUGCUACACCCAAAAAGACUAGCAGCUCACCUGAAAAGAAGAAACCAGUUAAAUCAUCUACCAGUGACUCUAAAGCUGCAAAUCAAAGUGAUCCUGGUACAAAGACGUUCUCAAGGAAAAACAAGAAGAAAGAUGCAGUUGAAGAUAAGCCUGUAACACCAAAGAAACCUGCUCCUAAAGAGAAAAGUGGAAAAAAGACGGAGAAUGAGAAAGGGAAGCCAAAAUCGGAAAAGCAGAAGAUAAGUGAUGAUGACCUUAGAACAGCAAUCUGUGAGAUCCUUAAGGAAGUUGACUUCAAUACGGCAACAUUUACCGAUAUUCUCAAGCAUCUUGCUAAGCGAUUCAAUACGGAUCUGACAUCAAGAAAGGCAUCCAUAAAGUUCAUGAUCCAGGAAGAGCUGACUAAGCUAGCUGACGAGGCUGAGGAAGAGGAUGAAGAGGAACCGGAGAAGACUGGAAAACAAGCAUCCGGGCAAGGGGUCAAGGCUUGAUGAUGGUCUUGCUUUGAUUCGAAAAAAGAAUCAUUUCUUAUGUAGUUUUUGUUUUUUGUUGUUGCUUCUGGUACAAGCAUGUAACUUAAUGUUAUUUCGUUAGGGUGCCCACUGUAGAGGUAGAAGAAGAGUAGAAGUGCAGUGGUAAAUGGUAAUGCUGCUUGUUAUGCAUAAAACAUGACAUGUGAGUAUAAAUUAUAGGAAAAUCUGUCUGUGCUCAUAAUUUGAUGGUUUCAAUAUUUAGACUCAGAUGCUUGUGUUGUUU